AUGAAGAGCAGACUGCUCAUUCUUGGCUUGUUAUGCAGCGGGAAUAUGGUUGCAAUGGUGCUCCCGAGUGGCAGACAGACGUGGUACGUGAAACUAUUUUCGUUCCGGUCCGUGCUACCACCAAAUCCCUCAGGCACGAUUCCGCCCGAGCUGGGCGGGCUGACAGCGCUAACGUGGCUAAGUCUCAGCGACAACAAUCUUUCCGUCGUGGCAACGGCUAGGCACGGGUUUGUACCCGGUCAACACCUCCUGAAACAUCAAGCUCACUACCUCAAAGGCAUGCACAUCUAG